AAUAUUUUGGCAAUUAAUCCAUAUUUUUGGAAAACACCGUACUGACCAAACAAAACUGGUCAGUGCAUCAGAUGCCUAGCCUUCAAGUUUUCCACUCUGGGGCUACCUCUUAAGGUUUGGCUUUGGGUGGGGGAGUUUGACCUGCAGCAAGUAACCUCACUUGUUAGCAAUUAAUUUCCCCUCUGGUCAAAAGGGCUAAAUUAAAGACUAUCCUUCCGCAUUCUGAUGCUCGUUUGAGAUAAUUCUAGAGUUCGCCCAUCUCUUUACUAAGCCUUCCGAUACUACCCAAGGUCCCACUCUUCUUAAAGCAUUUGGAGAAUUUUCGGUUUCCUACUGGACAUUUUAAAACUGGGGUUCCUAUGCAUGAAAAAUUUUCCCAGGUUCUCUGAAUGGGAUCCUGCUGGGAUGCAAAGAGUUAAGAGGAAAUAGCCAAUUAGGGUCUAGCUAAUCUGAGAAGUUCAGGACCUCAAAAGUAUCUAGAGCACUUCUAAGAGGCCUGACUCAAAGACGCUAGGGUGGCUUAUCCACCCAGCGCCCGCGAAAUCCUCGAGGAACUGCAGAGCAGAACCUACGAGGAGACAUUAGCAUUCCGUGCUACACUGGACCAAGGCCUCGGCGGAGCGCGCAGAAGACAACUCUGGGCCGGUUAAACCAACCCAGGACACCCAGAGGGGAUCUGGAAAAAUUGCAAGGAAAACAUCAUUUCUCUAAGAAAAUUUUGGGUAACAGAAAUUCUGGACAACAGGGCAUACCAAUUCAAUCACCAUGAGUUGGAGCUUCCUGACUCGCCUGCUAGAGGAGAUUCACAACCAUUCCACAUUUGUGGGGAAGAUCUGGCUCACUGUUCUGAUUGUCUUCCGGAUUGUCCUUACAGCUGUAGGAGGAGAAUCCAUCUAUUACGAUGAACAAAGCAAAUUUGUGUGCAACACAGAACAGCCGGGCUGUGAGAAUGUCUGCUAUGAUGCAUUUGCACCCCUCUCCCAUGUACGCUUCUGGGUGUUCCAGAUCAUCCUGGUGGCAACUCCCUCCGUGAUGUACCUGGGCUAUGCUAUUCACAAGAUUGCCAAAAUGGAGCACGGUGAAGCAGACAAGAAGGCAGCUCGGAGCAAGCCCUAUGCCAUGCGUUGGAAACAACACCGGGCUCUGGAAGAAACGGAGGAGGACAACGAAGAGGAUCCUAUGAUGUAUCCAGAGAUGGAGUUAGAAAGUGAUAAGGAAAAUAAAGAGCAGAACCAACCCAAACCCAAGCAUGAUGGCCGACGACGGAUUCGGGAAGAUGGGCUCAUGAAAAUCUAUGUGCUGCAGUUGCUGGCAAGGACCGUGUUUGAGGUGGGUUUUCUGAUAGGGCAGUAUUUUCUAUAUGGCUUCCAAGUCCACCCGUUUUACGUGUGCAGCAGACUUCCUUGCCCUCAUAAGAUAGACUGCUUUAUUUCUAGACCCACUGAAAAGACCAUCUUCCUUCUGAUAAUGUAUGGUGUUACAGGCCUUUGCCUCUUGCUUAACAUUUGGGAGAUGCUUCACUUAGGGUUUGGGACCAUUCGAGACUCACUAAACAGUAAAAGGAGGGAACUUGAGGAUCCGGGUGCUUAUAAUUAUCCUUUCACUUGGAAUACACCAUCUGCUCCCCCUGGCUAUAACAUUGCUGUCAAACCAGAUCAAAUCCAGUACACCGAACUGUCCAAUGCUAAGAUUGCCUACAAGCAAAACAAGGCCAACACAGCCCAGGAACAGCAGUAUGGCAGCCAUGAGGAGAACCUCCCAGCUGACCUGGAGGCUCUGCAGCGGGAAAUCAGGAUGGCUCAGGAACGCCUGGAUCUGGCAAUUCAGGCCUACAGUCACCAAAACAAACCUCACGGUCCCCGGGAGAAGAAGGCCAAAGUGGGGUCCAAAGCUGGGUCCAACAAAAGCACUGCCAGUAGCAAAUCAGGGGAUGGGAAGACCUCAGUCUGGAUUUAAUCCUGGCGGGCUUAAAACCUCAGCUUUUCAUAGUUUAUGGUAAGCAGCAGCUCACUGAAUAAUGACUUCCAUUGAGUAAACAUUUGGCUCUGGUUAUCUUCAGGGAUGCUGUUGGCUCAUGAUCCAAGCUCAGGGGACUCCAAAGGCGGGGCUGAGCUGAGGGGGAGAAGGAAACACAGAGUUCCCGGGCACAUGUUCUCAGCAAUAAUACAGUUGCAGAACUUUA